GUGCCGGGGAUCCAGGCGGUGCAGGCUGUGCAGGGGAUCCAGGCGGUGCAGGCGUUGCAGGGGGUGCAGGGGGUCCAGGCGGUGCAGGCAGUCCAGGGGGCCCAGGGGGGUGCCUGCAGACAAAAUGCCAGGAGAUGGAAUCACGAUCAAAAGUCGCAUCAGGAACCUGCUGCACACUCCCUCGACCAAGCACAAGAGGAGCAGGAGAGGAAACCUCAGGGGCAAGGUGACUCUGGAGAAGGUGCUGGGCAUCACCGCCUCAGGAAACAGUGGUCUGACGUGUGACCCCCGAUCGGGCCUUGUGGCCUAUCCCGCCGGGUGCGUGGUGGUCCUGCUGAACCCCAAAAAGAACAGACAGCACCACCUGAUCAACACGUCGAGGAAGACCAUCACAGCUCUGUCCUUCUCCCCCGACGGCAAGUACCUGGUCACAGGAGAGAGCGGUCACCUGCCGGCCGUGAGACUGUGGGACGUGGCAGCGCGAAGGCAAGUGGCCGAGCUCCAGAAGCACAAGUAUGGCGUCUCGUGUGUGGCCUUCUCCCCCAACAGCAAAUACAUCGUCAGUGUGGGAAACCAGCACGACAUGAUGGUCAACGUCUGGGCGUGGAAGAAAGACGUGGUCGUAGCAGCCAACAAGGUGUCGAGUAAAGUGACGGGCGUGUCCUUCUCCGAGGACAGCUCCUACUUUGUGACCGUGGGGAACAGACAUGUCAAGUUCUGGUAUCUGGAUCACUGCAAGGCCAGCAAGGCCAGUGCUCCCGUCCCUCUGCUGGGCCGCUCGGGGCUGCUGGGAGAGCUGAGGAACAACUUCUUCUGUGAUGUGGCCUGUGGGCGGGGCUCCAAGUGUGACUCCACCUUCUGCAUUACCUCCUCCGGCCUGCUGUGCGAGUUCAACAGCAAGAGGAUGCUGGACAAGUGGGUGGACUUACAGACGAGCGUGGCCCAGUCCCUGUCCCUGUCCGAGGCUAUGAUCUUCUGUGGCUGCGCUGAUGGAACGGUGCGAGCCUUCAGUCCCGUCGACCUGCACUUCGUCGGCACGCUACCUCGGCCGCACCCCCUCCGCACCGAUGUGUCGGCUGUCACUGAGGCCAGCCAGCUAUUUGCCACCAAGACGGACGUCCAUUACCCAGCGGCCAUUGCAGUUACCUAUGACCCCAUUGGCCACUGGCUCAGCUGUGUGUAUAAUGACCACAGUCUGUAUGUGUGGGACGUGAGAGAUGUCGGCAGGGUGGGGAAGGUGCACUCUGCCCUGUUCCACGCUGCGUGUGUCUGGGACCUGGAGGUUUUUCCAGAUGUUCCCGUGGAAGAGGCCGCUGGUUUGUCAUCGGGCACAUUCAUCAGUUGCUCAGCUGAUAACACCAUCAGACUGUGGCACAUGGAGGACUGGUCUCAGACUCGUGUUCAUUUUCAGAACAUCCUCAGCAGUGAUCUCCUGAAUAUAAUCUACACAGAUGGAAACACCGCUGCAUUAGUGGAUGCAGAAUGUAUGACAAAUGUGAACGCAGAUAAACCAGGGGAAGGACAGACGGCAGAAAGCAGGACGGGCAUCAGGACGAUCUGUGUCAGUCCAGACGGCAAACACCUGGCGUCUGGAGAUCGCAACGGGAUGCUGAGGAUUCAUGACCUCAGCAGCAUGGAGGAGAUCCUGAAAGUGCAGGCCCACGAUGCUGAGAUACUCUGCCUCGAGUACAGUCACCCAGAAACAGGUCUGAAGCUGCUGGCCACAGCCAGCAGGGACCGUCUGAUCCAUGUGUUGGAUGCUGAGGAGGACUACAGUCUGGUGCAGACACUCGACGAGCACUCUUCAUCCAUAACAGCCGUCCGCUUUGCUGCCAAUGAGAACAAGGUGAGGAUGAUCAGCUGUGGGGCAGACAAGAGCAUCUAUUUCCGCACUGCACACAAGACCGACAGAGGAACAGAGUUCAGGCGCUCUCACCAUACGGUGAGGAAGGCCACACUGUAUGACAUGAGUGUAGACCCCACAUGCAAAUAUGCUGCAGUUGGCUGCCAAGACCGCUGCGUAAGGGUUUUCAACAUCAGCAGUGGCAAACAGAAGAAGCUCUAUAAAGGAUCGCUGAGUGAAGAUGGCAGUCUGCUCAGGGUACAGAUUGAUCCUUCAGGUCAAUAUGUGGCCACAAGCUGCUCCGAUAAAAACAUCAGCCUCUUUGACUUCUACACUGGGGAGUGUGUCGCCACCAUGUUUGGACACUCUGAGAUUGUCACUGGAAUGAAGUUUACCAACGACUGCAAGCAUUUGAUUUCUGUGUCAGGUGACAGCUGUAUCUUUGUGUGGCGACUGGCUGCAGAGCUGACAGUCAGCAUGAGAGAGAGGCUCUGCCAACUCAGACAAAACCCGAACACACCGCCCGGCAAGACUCCCGGUCUCAGGCGGGAGGUGUACAGCGCCCCCUCGCUGGCCGGUAUGUCCUCAGACAGUGACCAUGAGCAAGAGGGCGAGGAUGGAGCAGACAACGCUGACCCCGAUGACCUUAACGACAACGAAAGCACUACUUCCUCUGACAGCAGCCAUGGAGAGGAGGACACGGGAGGCUCUGAUGAAGGACAGGACUGGGAACUGACAAAGCAUGGCGCCAUCAACCAGGUAACCCCCGACCCCGCUAAGCGUCCUCGCAGACGCUGGUCUCAUCGCAUGGGCCCACUGGAGCUGAUGGUUAAAUCCAUGAUGGACCUGAGGCAGCUGGAGAGCUUUGCUCACAAGAAAAACCCUCACGACAGAGAGAGACAGAGCACGGCCAGUCUGCAGGAGCCCAUGCAGCAGUUGGACGAGAGAUCCAAGAGGCAUCAGCCCUGGCCACAUGCUGACUGGCUGUCUUCACACCCGUCCAAGGGCAUCAAGGGGAAUGAUGGAACUGUGCUAUUCCCCGAGGACAUUGAGGACAGCACUCAUCUACAGGGCAGUGAUUACAUAGUGAAGGAGCAGCACUGCAGGAUGCAGGGACAAGCGAUCCGCAGUGAGAGCCAGGACAGUCGCUGCCCGGACAGUGCCUGCUCCCUGGGCUACUGCAGCAGGGAGUCCAGCCUAGAACUGGAUGAUUCUGCAGAUGCGGAGUCCCUGGGCCAGGACAGCUCCGACGAGGAGGAUGACGAGAGGGAGGAAGUGAAACAAAGGGUAGAUGUGACGAGUUUGGACGAGGCUCUGAGGACAGUGACUGAUACUGCCAACCGCAGUCAAGAAGAUUUCCUCAAGCAGAACUUUGAGACGCUGGCAGAGAGCUGCUGCACGGCUGAGUCGAGCAGAGUCCCAAGGCUCAGCAUGUCUUCACGCUUCCUGGCCAGAGGACAUAAUAACAGGGGCCCCCACUCCGCUAAGCCUCCAGUGUCAAAGGUCCGGCCCUUGAUGGAAGAUGGCCACAACAGAAGCAUCGAGCACAAGGCACCUGUGUCCGCUGGCAGGACUGAGGCACCAAACAGGGCAGCAACUCCAGAGAAGGAAUGCCUCUCUUUGCUGAGAGCCGAAAAGAAGAAGGGGUCGAGGUCCCACCUGUGGAGGAUGUCCAGCCCUCCAUCUAAAGUUCCGCUGUUGCUGGACAGAACGACGUGUUUGAUGAAAUCACACUCUGCUCAGAACCUGGCCUCAGACGCUCCUCACUCCCCUGUGCUGUCCAGCGACCGAAAGGAGUUGCGCAAUAGACCUCAGCAGCUUUUCCUUGAUCAUGACACCCCCCGGCCGUCCUUCCACUUCUCUUCACCCUCCUCUGGCUCCCCCCAGUCUCCCCAGUCCCCCUUGCCUUGGGAGAGCCCAAAACUCAAGCCCCAUCACUCCUACAUGAACCCCACGGCCAGCUCCAUGGCCAAAAGCAGCCGGUCCUGCUCUCUGGGAGAAGGUAUCCAGCUGGUAACUCCACCUUGCUCCCCCUCCUUCCACAAGGGCAGGGGGUCAUUUGGGGAGCUGGAGAUGGAGCCCCUACCGCUCACCUCACCUCCGGUCACAGCUUUCCUCUCUCCUGUCUCAUCAUCAACAUCAUCAUCCGCCUUAUUGUAUCCUCUAUCAAAAAGUCCCUCCCCUGCUUCUCCCCAUCCUACAGCUACAGUUUCACCCACUCUUUUUACCCAGAACAUUCCACCCUCUCGCAUCCCGCUUCCCAAGCAGCCGCUCAGCCCCCGACGCAGCCUCUGCCUCGAGAUGAAACCGAGCUGGAGUGGGGCUUCUGCACCCACAACAGACCAUCAGUGUGAUUUUCCAGGAAACCAACAAGCAAUAGGCAGACAUCUGUCUUUAAGUUUGGAUCUUUCUUUGCCAAGUUCACUGCCCGUGAAGCAGAGGAGAAAUUCGCUUCCCAAGAGUGCCAAUGAGCCGGAACAGGUGGCUGUGGCAGAAGAGUGCCCCCUGGUGCCCGACCAGGCCAACACAUCCGGUGCUGACCCCCAGACAGAUCGCUCCAUCUCCGUGGAAACUUGUCAGCAAACUGUCACUGAGCUCCACAACAGUCUGAGCAAAACCAUCGUGCUCUACACCACGGUUCUCAAGUGUGGCCAACAGCCCAGUGAGGACCAGCAGCAGAUGAGGCGACUCCUGUCUGAGGCCCUGCUCACAGUCAAGACUGAGCUGGAUUCUCUGCCUCACCCCAUCUCACCGCGUGAGGGGCCCCACAUGGACCAGGCGGUGAAAGGUGAGGGCGAGAAGGCCCUCGCUCUGCUGGAGCAGUACGCCGAGCUGUUGCUGAAGUCUGUGGAGAGGAGGCUCGAUACCAAGACAUGACGUCCUCUAUCCACAUACGCACAGACACAUGCACUCUCAGUAGCACUGUCAAUUGCACAGUUGUUAUUUGCACAGACGUUUUGGAACUUUAUUUAGUGAAAACUGAUGAGAUGUUGAGUAUUAAGCACUGACACAAGAAUAAGUAAAAAAUGUGGCCUUAUUUUUCAACAUGCCAUAGUUUGUCUUCUUGUUGUGAUGGGAGACACCAGAGGGAGAACGAUGAUGAAGUCACAUGAAGAACAGAGGGAGUCGGACGAUUUCAAUUCAAUUCAGUCUUAUUUGUAUUUCAGCAAACCUCAACAUCCUUAAUCUCACGGCACUUCACAGAGUACGGUAAUUCAAUUACAUUUUUAUAAAGUUGAACAGCAUUUUAUUGUUGACGAGAACCGUAUUUGGGUUUCUAAAUUCAUCCUGUGGUAUUCGCCACUGUUUUGUGAUUUUGAUUUGAUGGUUGUGUUUUGGUAAAGGUUAAGGUCUUGAGAAUCGUGUCGCGUCCCAUAUCCACACCGAUUUUCCGGCUGAUCAGUCGUCUGGACAUUUAGCUCCAGAACAAAGUGCUGACCUCAGGACAGGACAGUGGCACCCCCAGGCCCACUGCAUGUGGGACAAAAAUGGUUCUGUUUACAUAUUAAAAAAGAUGGAGAUGAUGGAGAGAGCAUGUUCACAUCAGAGGUUAGAGGAAGUGAGGUGAGGUGAGGUGUGAGGAUAGAAAUGGUGAUUUAAGAGCUAUGAGGUUAAAGGAACGUGUCAGAUGAAGGAUAUGGAAAGAUGUUGGCCACCGAGAUUUAGACGACUUCUGUCAGUCAUGUGAUUCAUAUUUUUCUGCCAAUAGUGUCUCCCUCAUUCCAAAAGUAGCUGUAAGUAGCAGUUAUUAUUGCUAAAUGUAUUUCAGACAGUAAUUCAUAUUUGUUAAUUGAUGCUCCUGUACAUUAAUUGAAGUAGUGCUUGUCUUACAAGGAUUAUAGAUUUCUCCUAAAGAGACUUUUUUCUACUGUGUAGCUGUCAUAUAGUUACAAAUUACUGUAAUAAACAGUCAAGAUGUUGGAA